AUGUCUUCGCAAACAACAACCUCUGAAACGCAAGAGGCGCCGCUCCUCCCUUCACGCCAUGAAGGAGGACGCUCUACAUCCCUCGCGCUUCUUCUAGGACGCGCCGCCGGACGGAGAGGACCGUCGGUUCUUGUGCGAGAGACAGCGGCGCGUGAACUCGAAGAGCGUCGUGCUGACUGGGGAUACUCGAAGCCGGUGGUAGCGCUAGAUAUAUCAUGGAACAUGGCGUUCGUUGUGGUUUCCGCGGUGAUGCUUUCGUGCACUGUUGACGAGAAUCCGAUCACACCGAUCCGGAUUUGGAUAAUCGGUUACGCGCUGCAGUGUUUCGUUCAUGUUGUUCUAGUGUGGCUUGAGUACAACCGCCGUAGCCGGAGAGAUUCGAGACGGUGGCAGAGGGAAAACGACGGUGGGGCCAGUUCUGAUGGAAGCGACAGUGAUGAUGGCGACGGGAACUCAUCUCAGUCCAGCUUCACCAAGCGAUGUGAAUCAAUAAAUACUGGGGUUUCAUUCAUCUGGUGGAUGGUGGGCUUUUACUGGGUUGUCUCUGGUGGUGAUAUCCUUCUGGAAAAUGCUCCAAGCUUGUACUGGUUGGCUGUUAUCUUUCUGGCGUUUGAUGUCUUCUUUGCCAUCUUCUGUGUUGUUUUGGCAUGCUUGAUUGGCAUUGCUCUCUGUUGUUGUUUGCCCUGCAUCAUUGCUAUUCUCUAUGCUGUUGCAGGACAGGAAGGUGCGUCAGAAGCAGACCUCAGUAUACUUCCAAAAUACAGAUUUCGAUUAUCAAACAAUGAGGAGAAGGCUAGCGGUGGAGCUGGAUCGAUGGUUCCCACAGACACCUCCAGUGAAUACCUGGCUAAUGAACGGAUACUUUUACCUGAGGAUGCAGAAUGCUGUAUAUGCCUCUGUCCCUACGAGGAUGGAGUGGAGCUUCAUACUCUUCCCUGCAACCAUCACUUCCAUUCUUCAUGCAUAGUAAAAUGGCUAAAGAUGAAUGCAACAUGUCCUCUUUGUAAGUACAAUAUUCUCAAGGGAAACGAACAGGUGUAA